UGCCGUGGACAUGGACGGUCUCUUUGCCCCGGCCGCCGCUCCAUCGCGCCCGGUGCCGCCGCGCGCCGUCGUGAGCAUCGAGCAUCCGUGCCUCGUGCGCAACAUUGAUAAUGGCCUCAAGUCGCUGGGCGGCGGCGUUGCCCUCGAAAAGUUCCUUCACCUGCACGACGUGCACAAGACCAUCGGCGCUUCGCUCCGCCCCGACGACGCCAUGGCCAAGCCUGUCAUGUCUACCUUCGUCCGCACCCAGAACCUUCUCGUGAAGCUCUCGCUCCCAAAGCGGACCGGCCGCAAGCGCAAGAGAGGCUCCGACGACCCAUGGACCGCUGACCCUCUUCUAGCUGACGCGACCUCUCACACUGACCCCAGCAUCCUCUUGAGGAGCCUGCGCGACAAUCCUGACGGCUACGGCGUCGAGCUUGUUGGGCACGCACGAGAGACUCACCGCUUCCGCAGCCUGCCCGACUUUCAGUAUGCCACGUCGGCAAGCCCGCUAGCUCACAUGCUCCGCGAAAACUUGCUGCCUUUUGAAUAUUCAAAGCUCAAGCACUUCAAUCUCGAUGACCGCCGAGAAAACGGCAUCGGUGGUGACGUUGGCCCUUCUCCUCAAUUCACAAACGUUGACGUGCCUUUCAACUACGUCUACCGCCAAAACCCUGCCGUAAAAUAUGCCAAAGACGCCGAAGGCCAGGCUAUGCUGUACAAUCCGACAGCGAUCCGCAAGUUUAUAAUGCAUCAAGUGUCCAUCGACGCCGAGUCCGUUCUCAAUGAAUCUCCCGUUCCCCUUCCACCCGAGGAGACGCUGGAUCCUCACAUCCAGAGUACAAUUCAAAAGAUUCGCGCUCUGAUGGAAGAAAGGCCAAUCAUGACGAAGCGUUAUCUUAUGAACCACAUGGUUGGAACCACGGACGACGUCAUUAAAAGUUCAUAUGCCUAUGUUGGGUUCUCUUUCAGGUCCGGCCCCUGGAGAGACACGCUCGUGAAAUUUGGCUGCGAUCCCAGGACCGACCCCAAAUACCGUGUCUUUCAAACAGUCAUGUUCAAAAUCAUCUUACCAUCAGAAAAGGAAUCUAGCAACGAUCCCAACAAGUGGAUGGAUGCUCGAAACGUGUGGAGGCGGCAGGCGAAGACGAGAACGUACGAUAAGCUUACUUACCUUUUUGACGGCAAGGAGAUUAUCCCCGACGGCAAGAUCUGGCAAGUGUGCGACAUCACAGACCCUCAGCUCAAACGAUUAAUAGACACCGACAAUUUGCGCAAAGAAUGCAACAUCAAAUCAGAUGGUUGGUUCCAGAACGGGACGUGGGCAAAGGUCAAAGUGCUGAUGCGGGAUAAGAUCGGGAUCAUCAUGAAGGGCGGGACACCUAACGACGACGAGUACAAACGCGUCAUGGAGUUCCCUGACAUCAUUACCAAGGACAACAUCGACGAGACAACAAUUGGGAGGGAUCUCCGCGUCUCGAAGAAGGAAUCACGCAUGUUGACUGAUAUCCGGAACAUGGCCAAGCUCAAGUACAACCGCCCACUCAAAACCGGACAAGAAGACAUCGAAACGGCGGACAGUCCGGAGGCCUCCCAAUCCGCCAUGAACAACACGCCUGGGGAAACGGAGACACAAGAGCCUCUUGACCACCGACUUUCGGAUGCUGGGCUUGAGCAAGGCGACAGUUAUGCUCAGGUCGCAUCGCCGGCUUCUGAAGACCUUGAAGACGGAGCAUCGGAGGACGAGGCGGAUGGAGUUGAUGCGUUAAUGGGCGGUACAGAGGAAGAAGGAGCAUUUGACGAAGGGGAAGAUGUAGCGUGAUAUGGUGGCUAGCGUGGGCACGUAACAUCCGUCACCGUGAACCGGGAUCUGCAGUAUAGCGAGACAAAGGACAAUACAAGAACUCCCUACAGAGUACUCCUUGCCUAGCUCCCACUCCG